UGAAUAGAUCUUCCACUUGUGGAUAAUUACACCGAAGUUGCACUUUUGCCUUUUGAUUUCUGUGUUUGGACACCUCUUUCUCACCCAGCCAACUGAGACAGACAAAGCGCGGUUGGUGCCCUAAGCGCCAGAACUCUGGUAGGGGGCUGGCUGUAAAUUGACGUGGCAUGGAAAUUCUCUGCUAAAUUGUAACAGCUUGCUUUUUCCUCUAAAACCAAGCCCAGUCUCCCGGAGCUGUAGCUUAAUCAUGGGUCCAGCGACUUUACAGAAAGAUGCAUAGAAAAAGGCUUCGGCUCCUUUUUUGGGCUCCAAAGUUUUCUGUUGGAGUAUUUAUAGUUUAGCGGAAAACAAAAUCAGUUCAGUCUGCAGCUCAAACAACAGCCUUCGCUGCUCGCCCUCCCUUUCCUGCCAUUUAAUUCCUUGCAGAUUUUGCCAUGGGGUGCGGACUUAGAAAGCUAGAGGAUCCGGAGGACAGCAGUCCUGGAAAAAUAUUUUCUACCCUGAAGAGACCGCAAGUGGAAACAAAGACAGAGUUUGCUUACGAAUAUAUAUUGCUGGAUUUUACUUUACAAGCCUCAUCAAACCCAGAAGUCAUCAAGAUAAAGUCGGUUCUGGACAUAGUCACAAAAGUGGAAGACUACUACCUGCAAGGCUAUAUUGUUGGCGCUGUUCAUCCAGUUAUACAGGCUGUGGGGCAGCAAAAACACCUGCCAGCAAGAUCCCUCUACCGAGCGGUGCUCUGGCGCACGAAAUUAAGCCCCAAACAUUCAACAGCACCUGGCGGACAACGACGCGCGAGGCUUGUGAUCGAGGAAUUUCCCCUAACUUAUGAGAUGCAAGCAAAUGACACAGCGAAAGAACUGAUCGGCAAGGUGAAUGCAGCUGCUCAGAGAGGAGUGAGGUUCGUUGGAUUCGUACCACAGCAUGGUCCUCCGGCUGAGUUCUGCAAUGGAAGCAGCCUUGCCCCCACGGAGACAGAAGCAGAACCCACGCCGUCCGGGAGGCGCGGCUCACGUGAAAACUGUGGAAGUUGGCAGGAAGGAACGUUAAGUGGGCAGUCAUCUGAAAGUGGGAUCGAGGACGAGUUUCAUCGAGAAAGCAACACAUCUCAGAUGGGUCAAGACGGCAGCCCCGAUUUCUCAAAAUCCAGAACGGGAGAAGAUAACAAGUUGUAUGCAGUCUACAAUGUUUUUAAUGACGAAUCAACCUGCUGGACCUAUCAGGAAGGCCUUCUGUCAAUGAAAGUAACAAGAAAAGGAGCUGCCAUUUGUACACUCGAUGCUGACUGGCUAGAGCUAACUACAUACUAUUAUAAGCAAGGCUUGUCUUUAAUUGACUCUUUUGUAUGCUGGGAAACACCUACAGGGGACUAUUUGCCCAAAUCUUUGGAAGGAUUAUUUAUCUAUGAAGAAAGUUCUGGAGACCCAGGUUCUAGCCAGAAAAGAAAUGAUGCCAUCAUUGUAGAGCAAUGGACCGUGAUUGAGGGCUGGGAAAUCAAAUCGGACUAUGGCCCUCUGCUGCACACUCUGGCCGAGUUCGGAUGGCUUCUGACAAGUGUGUUGCCCACCCCUGUACUGAAACACGACAGAGAAGGGAAUUUGGCUACAAAGCAGGUGGUGUUCCUUCAGAGGCCAGUGAUGUGGAAUUCAGCCGCUCAGACACCAGAGGGGAAAAGCAACCGCCCUGUAAAAGGUGACUCCAAGAACAAGUUAACCAACAGGAGCGUUGGCUCUGACACGGCCACCUCAAAACCGACAGAGCGCGGACCCCCGCCUGAGGAGCGCCCCCUCUCUGUGUCAAGUGGAUGUGGGCUGAACGAGGAGAGGGCCACGCGGUACGGCAGUGUCACCGGCCUCAGCAGCAAUGACAGUGCCCUCCGGGAGUUAGACGAUGACGGACAGUUCGAUCCGGAAGAUGGAGGCACUCAGGUCACUUGCAUGUGAGCAAGGAGGUAAAGGAACGGAAGGCCCUAUAAAUACUUGUGGAAAUGAUAGCCAACGGACCCUACUCUGGCUGCAAGUAUGUACUGCUCUGACUCCGGCCAGACUCAGACAUGCCUCUAAUCUGUAUAAGCUUCCACCCGACCUCUAAGACAAGGAAGGAUAGCCAGUGUUUCUAAAUUUAGAAUUGUGUUUACACUUCUCUCAAUUAAAACAGCUGUUUAAACAGAUGUUUCCAUAGCUUGGUAAGUGAUAAUCUCCUUCAGUUUCUUGUGAAUGUACAACAUGCACUUUUAUGCUGUUCCUGGGAGGAAGACUAAAUAUCUCGAUCUGUAUGUUACUCAGCUAGAGAGUUCUCAGGAAAGCAGUCUUAACAUAUGCUGAAAAAUCAUCUCUCCUUAUCUCUCUGUCUCUCACACACAUACACACACAUCUAGACACAAAUAAAGGCCUACUUAAGGAACAGAAAUCGCCACAAUCCAAAUGUUGUCUUCAACUAUGGACCUGUGCAAAAACAACCCCUUACUCCUGAAAUACUUUGGGGCAAAAAAACAAAUCCUUUUUCUAUGUCUUGCUUUUACAGAGUCACCAGGGGUUUAUUAAGCCAUGUUUCUCCUAACGGCCUAGAAUUAAAGAGAGCAAAGGUGCAUCCCUUAAAGUGCAAUACUACAAAAAAAAAGUUCAAUACUACAAGAACUAACAAUCUCCAUGUGUGAAAAACUGGACAAGAAAGAUUCAUUUGCUUUCUUUUAAAAUGUAUUAUGGGAGGGGGCGGCAAUGAGCAUUAAGUGCAAAGGGAAGUCUUUUACAUCUAUAUAGAUGUCAAUAAUGCUGUUAUGUUGACUUGCUAAAUCCUGUGGGGUAGGAAGGUACGCAGUCACCCCCUGCUCCAUCUCUGCUUUUCAUGCCUCUGUUAGUGGGAUGCCUUUGCCAUGGCCUCGCCACAAGUGCAAACAGGUAAAGAUUAAAAUUCCACAAGCUCAAGAGCAUUCAUUUUUCUACAGAAGGCUUGCUUUGAAAAGUGAGAACUGUCGAAUAAAUUCCAACUGACUAUACCAUUGAAUUCA